UUCAACAAUGCAGCCUUGAUCGUGCACACAGGGGGCUCUAGCUACUCGUACAGCGCGCGAUUGGCAUGGACAUGCUUACAAAAAUAAAACUUAACACCGAACAUGCCAUUUUGUUAUCAACUUGUAUAACCCGAAAUCUGUUUGGAAGCUGAUUGAAGUAUAUAUAUAUAUGUUUUUACAUUUUGGAGCCUCAUACCGGGUUUUGACAUUUGGAGGCCUUUCGCUCUUCGGCAGACCCACUCGGACCCAGAUAAUGGGCACAACCUGGGCGGCCGACCGAUGAUGACACUCUGCUGCACUGUGACCAGCCAUGCUCUCGUCCAAGGCAUUUCCCAGAAGGGGCUCCCCUCUCCGACACUGUGCUUACAUAGGUCAGGAAUACAACUACAUCAUACAAAAGGUAUGAUGGCAUGGACUUGUCUGAACUAUGGCACACCUGCAGGAUAAAGGUGAGGUCCCCCGACAUCUGAUACCAAAAGCAAAACCAAGAUCAAGUAGAUCUACAUUUUAUAAGGAAAAAACAAGUCGAUGAACAACUGAUGGUUUAGCGUCCACACUUUCACCAUGUUGACGAGGUUGCACCAUGGCUGCUGAUUCCUGUAGACUAGUACUCUCUCCGGUGCGGCACUGAGCCCAGUGACCCUAACCAAUGAUGCAGCGUAACGGUGGCGGGGUGGGUGCUGGUGGCCAGCCGUGGGUGCUGCGGCGUGUGCGCCUCACCUGGCUCAGCUUCAUGCUCUUCUUCAUCCUUGUCUUCUUCCCGCUCAUUGCCCACUACUACCUCACCACCAUCGACGAGGCAGGCGGCCCCGACAAGCGCAUCUUCGGCCCUCGGCCCGGCGGUGAGCUGUGCGAAGCCAAGCACGUGCAGGACCUGUGCCGCAUCCGCGAGUCGGUCAGCGAGGAGCUGCUUCAGCUGGAGGCUAAGCGGCAGGAGCUGAACGGGGAGAUCGUCCGACUCAACCUGCGUAUCGAAGCGUGCAAGCGUAGCAUCGACAGUGCCAAGCAGGACCUGCUGCAGUUGAAGAACGUUAUCAGCCAGACGGAGCACUCAUACAAGGAGCUGAUGGCCCAGAACCAGCCCAAGCUCUCGCUUCCCGUGAGGUUAUUACCUGACAAGGACGACCCAGGACUACCCCCGCCCAAGUCUGCCCACGUCUGCCGCCUGCGCUCCUGCUUCGACUACGCCCGCUGCCCGUUGACCUCGGGCUUCCCUGUGUACGUCUACGACACGGCCUCCUACCCCUGGGGCGAGUCCCUGGACCCGCUGGUCAGGCAAGCCUUCGCCACCUCGGUGAAGAGCAGCAUCUACGUGACGGACAACCCCAGCAUCGCCUGUCUGUAUGUGGUGCUGGUGGGGGAGCUGCAGGAGUCUUCUUCCUCCCCCCUCCCGGCCCCCUCAGCGCUGGAGAAGCAGCUGAAGGCUUUGCCGUACUGGAGGUCUGACGGACACAACCAUCUCCUGGUUCACCUUUCCAGGAAGUCCAUGACACAGAACUUCCUGUACAAUGUGAGCACGGGCCGGGCGGCAGUGGCCCAGUCCACCUUUCUUGAGCAGCAGUACCGCGAGGGCUUUGACCUGGUGGUGUCCCCACUGGUCCACGCCCUCUCUGAGCCCAACUUCCUGGAGGUGCCGCCCCAGGUGCCGGUCAAGAGGAAGUACCUGUUUACCUUCCAGGGCGAGAGGGUGGAGUCUCUGAGGAGCAGCCUGCAGGAGGGGCCGCCUCAGUCCUUUGAGGAGGAGAUGGAGGGAGACCCGCCAGCCGACUACGACGAUCGCAUCAUCGGAACGCUUAAGGCAGUGCAGGACAGCCGCCUGGACCGGGUGCUGGUGGAGUUCACCUGUAAGAGCCCGCAGCCCAGCCUGCCCACAGAGUGGGCCCUGUGUGGGGAGAGGGAGGAGCGGCUAGAGGUCCUUAAGGCCUCCACCUUUGCCUUGGUCAUCUCCCCCGGAGACGGUCAACUGAUGGCCUCAGCAGGCAACGGCAUGAGGCUGUUUGAGGCCCUGGAGGUGGGGGCCAUCCCUGUGGUACUGGGGGACCAUGCCAGGCUGCCCUACCAUCAGCUGGUCCACUGGAGCGAGGCGGCCAUUAUGGUGCCCAAGCCCCGCAUCACCGAGCUGCACUUCCUGCUACGCAGCCUAUCAGACAAUGACCUGCUGGCCAUGCGGCGGCAGGGCCGCUUCCUGUGGGAAACCUACUUCUCUACCUCAGAGAACGUCCUGGGCACAAUUCUGGCUAGCGUCCGGACCCGCAUCCAGGUGCCCCCCGCGCCCAUCCACGAGGAACCUGCCCAGGAGAUUCCCCACAAGGCGGGCAAGAUGGCGGGCACAGACGCUAACAUGGGCGACAAUGGCGACCUGGACCUGGGUCCCGUGGAGACGGAGCCACCCUACGCCUCACCACGCUUCCUUCGGAACUUCACCUACACAGCAUCCGACACCUACCAGACCUGGAACCGCGCCCCGGGGCCUUUCCACCUCUUCCCUCACACGCCGCUGGACCCGGUGCUGCCCUCGGAGGCCAAGUUCCUGGGUUCGGGCACGGGCUUCCGCCCCAUUGGCAGUGGCACGGGUGGCUCGGGGAAGGAGUUUCAGGCAGCGCUGGGUGGGAACGUGCCCCGGGAGCAGUUCACCGUGGUCAUGCUGACCUAUGAGAGGGAGGAGGUUCUGAUGAACUCCCUGGAGAGGCUCAACGGGCUGCCUUACCUCAACAAGGUGGUGGUGGUGUGGAACUCCCCCAAGCCUCCUUCAGACGACCUACUGUGGCCAGACAUCGGCCUGCCCAUCGUGGUGGUGCGCACGGAGAAGAACAGCCUCAACAACCGGUUCCUGCCCUGGGACGUCGUGGAGACGGAAGCCAUCUUGUCCAUCGACGAUGACGCCCACCUCCGCCACGACGAGAUCAUGUUCGGGUUCAGAGUGUGGAGGGAGGCCAGGGACCGCAUCGUGGGCUUCCCUGGGAGGUUCCAUGCCUGGGACGUCAACCACCAGUCAUGGCUCUAUAACUCUAACUACUCCUGUGAACUGUCCAUGGUACUGACGGGCGCCGCCUUCUUUCACAAGUACUAUGCGUACCUGUACUCGUACGUGAUGCCCCAGGCCAUCCGCGACAUGGUGGAUGAGUACAUCAACUGUGAGGACAUCGCCAUGAACUUCCUGGUGUCGCAUAUCACCCGCAAGCCCCCUAUCAAGGUGACGUCUCGUUGGACCUUCCGCUGCCCUGGCUGCCCGCAGGCCCUGUCGCAUGACGACUCUCACUUCCACGAGCGCCACAAGUGCAUCAACUUCUUUGUCAAGGUGUACGGCUACAUGCCCUUACUCUACACGCAGUUCCGCGUGGACUCUGUGCUCUUCAAGACGCGCCUGCCCCACGACAAGACUAAGUGCUUCAAGUUCAUCUAGCCCAGGGCUAGGCCCAGCUAAGAACGCUGGGCAGAACGGAGCUAGAGACUGAGGAACUCGGGCAGGACGGAAGAGAGAGCAGACAGGACUGGUUCUGAGAAAGAGGGAGGUUUUGUGAUGAGGGCUUAAACCCAGGAAUGGUUCUAGGAUGAAUGAGACAGACCACACCUUCACUGGAAGCUGAGAAGAACCUCUGCCAAUCAAGAAGCCUUUUCAUUUUUUUUUAACGUAAUUGUAUUCUUCAUCAUGUCGUUCAUGUGUGUUGCAUCAUCAACUACUACAGAUUUCAUUUAGCUUGUUAUGGGCCUGCAGAGAGAAAGAGGAGAGGACACUGGCAACACUGCCUGUCCAAGGACAGUGACUUAACCUGACUCUGCAAGACAAACUCAAACUGGCAUUGUAAACGGACUGGUUUUAAACUGACACAGGGAGAGAAUGAGACAGUGGACUGCCACGUGGGCCAGCCCUGAGCUCCUGAAUUACUAGCUAGACAACAGACUGGUUUUAAACUGACACAGGGGGAGAAUGAGACAGUGGACUGCCACGUGGGCCAGCCCUGAGCUCCUGAAUUACUAGCUAGACAACGGACUGGUUUUAAACUGACACAGGGAGAGAAUGAGACAGUGGACUGCCACGUGGGCCAGCCCUGAGCUCCUGAAUUACUAGCUAGACAACAGACUGGUUUUAAACUGACACAGGGAGAGAAUGAGACAGUGGACUGCCACGUGGGCCAGCCCUGAGCUCCUGAAUUACUAGCUAGACAACAGACUGGUUUUAAACUGACACAGGGAGAGAAUGAGACAGUGGACUGCCACGUGGGCCAGCCCUGAGCUCCUGAAUUACUAGCUAGACAACGGACUGGUUUUAAACUGACACAGGGAGAGAAUGAGACAGUGGACUGCCACGUGGGCCAGCCCUGAGCUCCUGAAUUACUAGCUAGACAACAGACUGGUUUUAAACUGACACAGGGAGAGAAUGAGACAGUGGACUGCCACGUGGGCCAGCCCUGAGCUCCUGAAUUACUAGCUAGACAACGGACUGGUUUUAAACUGACACAGGGAGAGAAUGAGACAGUGGACUGUCACGUGGGCCAGCCCUGAGCUCCUGAAUUACUAGCUAGACAACGGACUGGUUUUAAACUGACACAGGGAGAGAAUGAGACAGUGGACUGCCACGUGGGCCAGCCCUAAGCUCCUGAAUUACUAGCUAGACAACGGACUGGUUUUAAACUGACACAGGGAGAGAAUGAGACAGUGGACUGCCACGUGGGCCAGCCCUGAGCUCCUGAAUUACUAGCUAGACAACAGACUGGUUUUAAACUGACACAGGGAGAGAAUGAGACAGUGGACUGCCACGUGGGCCAGCCCUGAGCUCCUGAAUUACUAGCUAGACAACAGACUGGUUUUAAACUGACACAGGGAGAGAAUGAGACAGUGGACUGCCACGUGGGCCAGCCCUGAGCUCCUGAAUUACUAGCUAGACAACGGACUGGUUUUAAACUGACACAGGGAGAGAAUGAGACAGUGGACUGCCACGUGGGCCAGCCCUGAGCUCCUGAAUUACUAGCUAGACAACAGACUGGUUUUAAACUGACACAGGGAGAGAAUGAGACAGUGGACUGCCACGUGGGCCAGCCCUGAGCUCCUGAAUUACUAGCUAGACAACGGACUGGUUUUAAACUGACACAGGGAGAGAAUGAGACAGUGGACUGCCACGUGGGCCAGCCCUGAGCUCCUGAAUUACUAGCUAGACAACGGACUGGUUUUAAACUGACACAGGGAGAGAAUGAGACAGUGGACUGUCACGUGGGCCAGCCCUGAGCUCCUGAAUUACUAGCUAGACAACGGACUGGUUUUAAACUGACACAGGGAGAGAAUGAGACAGUGGACUGCCACGUGGGCCAGCCCUGAGCUCCUGAAUUACUAGCUAGACAACGGACUGGUUUUAAACUGACACAGGGAGAGAAUGAGACAGUGGACUGCCACGUGGGCCAGCCCUGAGCUCCUGAAUUGAUAGCUAGACAUUUCACCCUUUGAGAGAGAAACCGAGGCAUACCAUUUGUCAUUGCACAAAUUGUUUUGUUUUUUGUUGUUUAUUUUAUAUUUGUAAACUAAUUUUACAUGUAUUUACUCUACUCUUGUAUAUGAAACCGUGAGAGAAGCACUGAAGGUCGCAGAAGUAUUCUAUUCAAUGAUCUUACUUUUUUGACAUGGUGUUUAAUAGUGUAAAUCUCCAUGUGGGAUGGUCAGUCGGCACCAGAACCUCUUGUUAUUAGCUGACCCAUAGAAUCACUAGAACGGGUAAAGGCCCUCAGACCAUGUCAAUUUCACAGUAGAUUAUAUUUCUAUGGGCAGACCUAAACUAAGCUAGAAAGUGGUCUUUGUCAUUCUGUCUUUAAAUUACCUCAGAUGGAGACUACAGGACCAUUAUGACACAAGUUCUACAAGUUUACCAGAAAAAUCUGUAAAAUAUUCAUAGGAAACUGUAUUAGUUGGAAUCCCAUUACCUAACACAUUCAUUAAGCCUACAGCAGACUACAUUGGUGUAAAGUCAGACCUUGGCUUUUUUCUGACUUUUUGGAUGUUUAGUGAUAUUGGUCUACCAAUGGUUAUUGUUAAAUGUCUGAGUAGUCCUAAUUAAGUGUUCAGUAAUGGAGUAGGGUGACGUUGCACCUAGAUGCCGAUCUUGGGUCAGUUUUUAACUUCUCCCACUAAUGGUUUAUGUUAGGAUUGGGGAGGGGAAGCUGAUUCCAGAUCUGGACCUAGGGGAAACUUCCCGCAGGAGCAUCAAUUGUACAAGGAAUGGAAAAAUAAGCUUAUUUCGACUCUGAAGAUGUUUUGGUGUUUCUGUCUCUCAUCAUCAUGGUCCAAUCAUGUCAAAGGUUACAGUUUCAUUCAGUUUGAAACUUCAAAAGGAGCUUCUUCUCUGUACAGCGUCUCCAUGUCGCUCCCUCAAGUUUAAUGUCAUAACGAUUUAAUGCUCAAUGAAUGUUUUUUUUUGCCAAAUAGGUACGAUGUUAUAUGCUGAAAAACAGCACAAUGUUUUGUAAAGUGCACAAUGUAGUCUGGUACCCCCCCCGUUAGACGGUACUCUUCCACCUUGGCCAUUCCCCCCAAAAAUAGGUCCCCCGGCUAUGAAAAUGGCAGCACCUGCCCUUGUACUAUGCAGCCCUUAUUACUUAAUGUACUUUGACCUUUUCUGGCUUCAUUCCAUUCAUUUGACUGGAUGAUAUAAACUAACAAUGCAUCCUUUAUUUUGAGAUGAUUCAGGAGAGAUGACAAUACUGUUGAUCAGGAAAUAGGAUCGGUCUUACUCUGGGAGGCUACUUUUCUAGAACUCAACAUUAUCGCCCCACAUAUACUUUCUGUAUAUUUAUUUAAUUGAAUAUAUUAAAUGGAUCUUCUAAGGCUUGCUUCUAAAGGGGGUUGUGAAUAGAAAUGACUGCAAUAAAAUGGAAUGUGAUCUUGGCCAUUAGCUCUCAGACAACGGAACCUGCUCCCCUGACUGACCCGGCAUCAGUGGGCCCCAUUACAACACUAACGAAAACCAAAUCAAGUGUUAUAUGUGACAUGCUUUGUAAAGAACUGGUGUAGUCUAACAGUGAAAUGCUUACUUACCCUUCCCAACAAUGUAGAGAGAACAAUAGAACGAUAAUAACACAAGGAAUAAAUCCACAAUGAGUAAAGAUAACUUGGCUUUAUACACGGGGCACCAGUACGGAGUUGAUGUGCAGGGGAAUGAGGUAAUUGAGGUAGAUAUGUACAUAUAGGUAGGGGUUAAGUGACUUGGCAAUAGGAUAGAUAAUAAGCACUAGCAGCAGCGUAUGUGAUGAGUCAAGAGUUGAUGCAAAAGGGGGUCAGUGCAGAUAGUUUGGGUAGCUAUUUGGUUCACUAUUUAGCAAUCUUAAGGUUUGGGGAUAGAAGCUGUUCAGGGUUCUAUUGGUUUUAGACUUGGUGCAUAGGUACCGCUUGUCUAUGACUUGGGUGGCUGGAGUCGGACAAUUUUUUAGGGCCUUCCUCUGACACCACCUGUUAUUGAGGUCUGGGAUGGCAGGAAGUUCAGCCCCAGUGAUGUACUGGGCCUCACGCACUGUAGCGCCUUGCGGUUGGAGGCUAAGCAGUUGCCAUAUCAAAAGAUGAUGCAGCCAGUCAAGAUGGUGCAGCUGUAGAACUUGAUGAGUAUCUGGGGGCCCAUGCUGAAUCUUUUCAUCCUCCUGAGGGGGAAGAGGUGUUGUCAUGCCUUCUUCACAACUGUGUUGGUGUGUUUGGACCAUGAUAAUUCCUUAGUGAUGUGGUUGCCGAGGAACGAGACGCUCUCAACCCGCUCCACUACAGCCGAGUGCUACGGGGCGAUAGUGAUUUAGACGGGUUACCUUGGCAUUCUUGGACACAGGGUCUAUGGUGGUCUGCUUGAAACAUGUAGGUAUUACAGACUGGGUCCUGGAGAAGUUGAAAAUGUCUGAAGACACUUGCCAGCUGAUCAGAGCUCUUUGUACCCGUCCUGUGAACCCAUCUGCCCCCGCGGUGGACAGUCGUCCGGAACAGCUGGUGCUCUUGUGCAUUCCUCUAGGCGAGCAUUUCGCUCGUCUGGUAGACUUCCGUCACUAGGCAGCUCAUGACUGGGUUUCCCUUUGUAAUCCUUGAUCGUUUGCGAGCUCUGCCACAUCCGAGUGUCAGAACCGGUGUAGGAGGAUUCGUUUUUAGUCCUGUAUUGAGGCUUUGCCUGGUUGACGGCUCGUCAGAGGUCGUAGUGGGAUUUAGUGUCCCUGCUCCUUGAAAGAGGUAGCUCGAUGUGGCAUUGACUGCACGUCGUAAAACUUGCCCUAAAAUGCAGACCUGGGAUCAGCUCAAGCCUGCACCAAUUUUAACCGGAUCCUUUCAGGUGAAAAGCAAAACUGAUCUGAGAUCAGGACUUUGAGACAACAACUGUCUGGGUAUGUGCUCAGUUAUACCGGUUUUAUUACUCUGGGUCAAUCCAUUUGCAAUAAGGUGCAGACUUCUGACAUUUCCUGCGGCAGGGAGGGGUCUGGUCAGGUGACGUCUCACACAGUGCUUUGAAAGUCCCACCUCCAUCCUUCCCCUUUCAGUUUUCUUCGGGGGCCAGUGGCACAGGAGGUUUUGCCGUGGCAACAAGCAAGGAAAGAGGGCCAGGAAACACUCGUUCCUUUAGCCAGGUGUUUAAGUGUUCUGAAACGGGGCUCCUGUGACUGUCCCUCACCCAAUCCCAGGUCUCGUUCAUUAAACACUUAUUGGAUUUAGUCCAAUAAGAAAGGCUUGUUUUAAUUUACAACACUAAAGCUGUGUGCUUGUGUUCGCUAAUGAAUAUGGCCCUGGACUAGCACCUGCAACUACUACUGCCAGCCCUGUUCUGUACCAGACUGACCAAUGAUGACAGGGUAAAACAAACCAUUGAAGGCCAAACAUUAAAGUUGGUUAAAAACAUG